AUGCCUUCAGAUUCCGAAGAACAACCAUUAACAAACCACGACAACGAUAACAGUAGGUCUCAGAUUCAUUACAUAUCUAUCCCAAUAAACAAUAACUCGGAAUUUGCAAUAACAGAUAGUGAUGGAAACUCUCCAGGUAACCCAGAGGCAUUCACAACAAGAAGACAAUCUAUCUUGGAUCAACCGAUAGGUUCCUUCAGAGGGGUCAACUCUCUUAGUAGAUUUGCUACAUCUUUGAGAAGAGCAAAUUCUUUUAGAAAUAUUGAAGUUAAUCCUGAUGUGGAACGUUCAUUCUUUAAAGACUCUAUUGAUGAGACUUAUGAUCCUGAUACCAUGGCACCAGCCCAUGAGGGAAGAAGAUUAUCAAUUACUAUUAAUAAUGCGGCUGCUAACUUAUCUUUACGCCCCUCAAUUCCAAACUUGGAUAUGCAAGAUACUACUAUAGAUGACUAUGGUUCCAUGGCAACAGGAGUAUCAGGUAUUGGGGUUGAAAACCAAUCAAUUUUACAUCCUUCGAGAUCUCUAGCUGAAUUAAUAAGCAAUGCAAAUUUUGACAUAUCAAGCAUAACAGGUGUUGAAUCAAUCACGCUUAAACAGAUUGAAGGGAAAGACGGGAACGUUGUCACACUUAUUGCUGGUCAAUCCACUGGCCCACAAACAAUUUUUAAUUCUAUUAAUGUUUUGAUUGGGAUUGGGUUGUUAGCACUACCAUUAGGUUUAAAAUAUGCCGGCUGGGUUAUUGGCCUUCCAUUACUAAUGACAUUUGCAUUUGGAACAUUCUGCACUGCUGAACUGUUAUCCAGAUGUCUAGAUACAGAUCCAACUCUAAUGUCAUAUGCAGACUUGGGUUAUGCAGCAUUUGGAAGUAAGGGACGUGCACUUAUUUCUUGCUUAUUUACAACUGAUUUAUUAGGAUGCGGAGUUUCUUUAAUCAUCUUAUUUGGUGAUUCUUUGAAUGCAUUAUUCCCAGCUUAUUCCGUAACUUUCUUUAAGAUCGUUGCAUUCUUCAUUGUGACACCACCUGUGUUUAUGCCAUUGAGUUUUCUUUCAAAUAUUUCAUUGUUAGGCAUAUUAUCGACAAUUGGAACUGUUUUUAUCAUAUUUUGUUGUGGAUUAUAUAAACAUGACUCUCCAGGUUCUUUAAUAGAACCAAUGGAUACUCACUUAUGGCCAUCCGACUUCAAGAGUUUUUGUCUCUCUAUCGGAUUACUUAGUGCAUGUUGGGGUGGCCAUGCUGUGUUUCCAAAUUUGAAAACUGAUAUGAGACACCCAACUAAGUUUAAGGAAUGUUUAAAGACUACUUACAAGAUAACUUCCAUUACAGACAUCGGGACAGCUGUUAUUGGUUUCUUAAUGUUUGGGAACCUGGUCAAAGAUGAAGUUACAAAGAAUGUUUUGUUACUGAAAGGAUAUCCAAAUUUUGUAUAUGUUCUGAUCUCGGCAUUGAUGACUGUAAUCCCCAUUGCAAAGACUCCAUUGAAUGCGAGACCAAUAAUUUCUGUUCUAGACGUUCUGUUCAACGUCCAAGCUGCCGAAUCAAAAUAUACAGGAAAAAAAUUGAGUUUAGCCAAAUUAUUGAACUGGUUCAAUUGUAUUUUCGUUAAUUUUCUCUUUGUGACAAUCGCUAUAAUCUUUCCUGCAUUUGAUAGGAUCAUCGCAUUUUUAGGUGCUGGACUUUGUUUCAUGAUCUGCCUGAUCUUGCCUUGUUUGUUCUAUUUGAGAAUUUGUGCAACCACCAUCAAACCAUGGGAGCGAAUUGCAUGCUAUUUUACCAUUUGCAUCAGCAUUGUUCUUUCCGUACUUGGUGUAGGUGCAGCUAUCCUUUCAUAA